UCCUGAACGAGUAUUGGUAGCAACAGGACAAGUUGGGAAAGAGCCUUAUAUCUGUGUUUGGGAUUCAUACACUGUACAGACCAUAUCAGUUUUGAAGGAUGGUCAUACACAUGGUAUAGCUUGCUUAGCAUUCGACUUAGAUGGACAGCGCUUGGUUUCAGUUGGACUCGAUUCAAAAAACGCAGUUUGUGUUUGGGAUUGGAAAAGGGGGAAAAUGUUAUCUAUGGCUCCUGGUCACACAGAUAGAAUAUUUGAUAUUUCUUGGGAUUUGUACCAGCCAAAUAAACUUGUCAGCUGUGGUGUAAAACAUAUCAAGUUCUGGAGUUUAUGUGGAAAUGCUCUGACCCCAAAACGAGGGGUCUUUGGCAAGACUGGUGACCUUCAGACAAUAUUGUGCCUGGCCUGUGCGAGAGAUGAAUUAACAUAUUCUGGUGCACUCAAUGGGGAUAUAUAUGUUUGGAAAGGAGUUAAUCUUAUACGAACAAUACAAGGAGCCCAUACCGCAGGAAUUUUUAGCAUGAAUGCUUGUGAAGAAGGCUUUGCUACUGGUGGCAGAGAUGGCUGUAUUCGGCUUUGGGAUUUAAGUUUUAAACCAAUUACCGUGAUUGAUCUCAGGGAAACAGACCAGGGAUACAAAGGUUUGUCUGUGAGGAGUGUGUGUUGGCGAGGUGAUCACAUUCUAGUUGGAACACAAGACAGUGAAAUUUUUGAAAUUGUGGUGCAUGAAAGAAGUAAACCUUUCCUGAUUAUGCAAGGGCAUUGUGAAGGUGAGCUUUGGGCACUUGCCAUCCAUCCUACUAAACCUUUGGCUGUGACCGGAAGUGAUGAUCGUUCAGUCAGGAUAUGGAGCCUAGUAGAUCAUGCGUUAAUAGCAAGGUGUAAUAUGGAAGAACCAAUUCGUUGUGCAGCUGUAAAUGUAGAUGGAAUCCAUCUUGCCCUUGGAAUGAAGGAUGGCUCAUUCACUGUACUUAGAGUAAGAGAUAUGACGGAAGUUGUACAUAUUAAAGAUAGGAAAGAGGCAAUUCAUGAGUUAAAAUAUUCACCAGAUGGAACUUACCUUGCUGUUGGAUGCAAUGACAGCUCAGUUGAUAUUUAUGGAGUUGCUCAACGUUAUAAAAAAAUUGGGGAGUGUGUGGGAUCACUUAGUUUCAUCACUCAUCUGGACUGGUCCUCAGAUAGUAGAUAUUUACAGACAAAUGAUGGAAAUGGUAAAAGACUUUUUUAUAGGAUGCCAGGAGGUAAAGAAGUGACAAAUAAAGAAGAAAUAAAAGGUGUUCACUGGGCUUCAUGGACAUGUGUUUCAGGCCUUGAAGUAAAUGGAAUUUGGCCCAAGUAUUCAGAUAUCAAUGAUAUAAAUUCAGUAGAUGGAAACUAUAUUGGCCAAGUUUUAGUUACAGCUGAUGACUAUGGAAUUAUAAAAUUAUUUCGAUAUCCUUGUUUAAGAAAAGGGGCCAAAUUUAAAAAAUAUAUUGGCCAUUCGGCUCACGUAACUAAUGUCAGAUGGUCACAUGAUUAUCAGUGGGUUAUUUCUAUCGGUGGAGCAGAUCAUUCUGUCUUUCAGUGGAAAUUUAUUCCUGAAAGAAAAUUAAAAGAUGCUCUUCACAUAGCACCCCAAGAAAGUCUGGCAGACUCAAAUAGUGAUGAAUCAGACUCAGAUCUGUCGGAUGUUCCAGAGCUGGAUUCUGAAAUUGAACAAGAGACACAGCUCACUUACCGUCGGCAGGUUUAUAAAGAAGAUCUACCUCAGCUUAAAGAACAGUACAAAGAGAAACAAAAAAGUGGUACUUCUAAAAGAAGAGAGCGGGCUCCAGGAAGUAGUAUUCGAUUACACUUUGUUCAUGGUUACAGAGGUUAUGACUGUCGAAGUAAUCUGUUUUAUACUCAAAUUGGUGAAAUUGUGUACCAUGUGGCAGCAGUGGGUGUCAUUUAUAAUCGACAGCAGAACACACAACGCUUUUACCUGGGUCAUGAUGAUGAUAUUCUCUGCCUGGCUAUUCAUCCUUUGAAAGACUAUGUGGCAACAGGCCAGGUGGGUAGGGAUCCCUCAAUUCACAUAUGGGAUACAGAGACCAUUAAACCAUUGUCUAUAUUAAAGGGCUACCACCAAUAUGGUGUCUGUGCUGUUGAUUUCUCAGCUGAUGGGAAACGUUUGGCUUCAGUUGGAAUAGAUGACAGCCACACUAUUGUGCUGUGGGACUGGAAGAAGGGAGAGAAACUUUCAGUAGCAAGAGGAAGUAAAGAUAAGAUUUUUGUUGUAAAGAUGAACCCCUAUGUGCCUGAUAAAUUAAUUACAGCUGGGAUGAAACACAUGAAAUUUUGGCGUAGAGCAGGGGGAGGAUUGAUUGGAAGAAAAGGCUACAUAGGCACACUGGGGAAAAAUGAAACCAUGAUGUGUGCGGUGUAUGGAUGGACUGAAGAGAUGGCUUUUUCUGGAACGUCCACAGGAGAUGUGUGUAUCUGGAGAGACAUCUUCCUUGUAAAAACAGUUAAAGCACAUGAUGGGCCAGUGUUCAGUAUGCAUGCCUUGGAAAAAGGAUUUGUUACUGGAGGAAAAGAUGGUAUAGUAGCUCUUUGGGAUGACUCCUUUGAAAGAUGUCUCAAAACUUAUGCUAUAAAAAGAGCUGCUUUGGCCCCAGGAUCUAAAGGUCUUCUCUUGGAAGAUAACCCCUCUGUACGUGCCAUUUCAUUAGGACAUGGUCAUAUUUUAGUUGGCACAAAGAAUGGUGAAAUACUAGAAGUGGAUAAAAGUGGCCCAAUAACACUUCUGGUCCAGGGACACAUGGAAGGAGAAGUGUGGGGUUUGGCUACACAUCCUUAUCUGCCCAUCUGUGCUACUGUAAGCGAUGAUAAAACCUUAAGAAUAUGGGAUCUCUCUCCUAGCCAUUGCAUGUUGGCUGUCCGGAAACUGAAAAAGGGUGGACGGUGCUGCUGUUUUUCUCCUGAUGGUAAAGCUUUAGCUGUAGGUCUCAGUGAUGGAAGUUUCUUAAUGGCAAAUGCAGAUACUCUCGAGGAUCUUGUGUCUUUUCACCACAGGAAAGAUAUUAUUUCAGAUAUUCGAUUCUCACCAGGUUCUGGAAAAUACCUUGCAGUAGCAUCCCAUGACAGCUUUGUAGAUAUAUACAAUGUAAUGAGCAGUAAAAGAGUAGGAAUAUGCAAAGGCGCUACGAGUUAUAUAACCCAUAUUGACUGGGAUAGUAGAGGAAAGCUUUUACAGGUUAACACUGGUGCUAAAGAACAGUUAUUCUUUGAAGCUCCCAGAGGGAAAAGACAAACCAUCCCCAGUGUGGAGGUAGAAAAAAUUGGUUGGGCGUCAUGGACAAGUGUGCUUGGUUUAUGCUGUGAGGGAAUCUGGCCAGUAAUUGGAGAAGUCACAGAUGUAAUUGCCUCUUGCCUCACCAAUGACAAAAUGGUUCUAGCCACUGGGGAUGAUUUGGGAUUCGUGAAGUUAUUUAGAUAUCCUGCUAAAGGAAAAUUUGGAAAGUUUAAGAAGUAUGUGGCUCAUAGUACACAUGUCACAAAUGUUCGCUGGACUUACGAUGACAGCAUGUUGGUAACCUUAGGAGGUGCAGAUAUGUCUUUGAUGGUUUGGACAAAUGAAAUGGAGGGCUAUCGAGAAAAAAGGCCUUGUGAUAGUGAAGAAUCAGAUACAGGCUCUGAAGAAGAUGGGGGUUAUGACAGUGAUGUGACAAGGGAGAAGGAAAUCAGUUACACCAUCAGAGCCUUAUCAACAAACAUCCGUCCAACGUUCGGAAUCAAGCCUCAUUUGCAACAAAAAGAACCCUCACUUGAUGAGAGGCCCCCGGUGAGCAGGGCCCCACCACAGCCAGAGAAACUCCAGACAAACAAUGUUGGUAAGAAAAAGAGACCCAUAGAGGACCUUGUGUUGGAGCUUGUUUUUGGCUAUCGAGGCAGAGACUGUAGGAAUAAUGUUCACUAUUUAAAUGAUGGUGAUGAUAUAAUUUAUCAUACUGCAUCCAUUGGAAUUCUUCACAAUGUUGCUACAGGGACUCAGAGUUUUUAUCAGGAACAUAAUGAUGAUAUUCUGUGCCUCACUGUAAAUCAGCACCCCAAAUUCAUCAACGUAGUGGCAACUGGCCAAGUAGGUGAUUCAGCAGACAUGUCAGCUACAGCUCCCUCUAUCCAUGUCUGGGAUGCAAGGAACAAGCAGACUUUAUCGAUACUAAGAUGCUACCAUUCGAAGGGCGUGUGUUCAGUCAGCUUCAGUGCUACUGGCAAACUCUUGCUGUCUGUGGGACUAGAUCCAGAACAUACUGUUACCAUUUGGAGAUGGCAGGAAGGUGCCAAAAUCGCCAGCAAAGCUGGUCACAACCAACGUAUUUUUGUGGCAGAAUUCCGACCAGAUUCAGAUUCCCAGUUUGUCUCUGUGGGAGUAAAACAUGUGAAGUUCUGGACACUGGCAGGAAGGGCUCUUCUUAGCAAGAAAGGGCUGCUGAGCACUCUAGAAGAUGCCCGGAUGCAGACCAUGCUUGCCGUUGCAUUUGGUGCAAAUAACUUGACGUUUACAGGUACCAUCAGUGGAGAUGUCUGCGUAUGGAAAGAUCACACACUGUGUAGGAUCGUGGCCAGAGCUCACAACGGGCCUGUGUUUUCCAUGUACACCACCCUGCGAGACGGGCUUAUUGUGACUGGUGGCAAAGAAAGGCCGUCCAAAGAAGGAGGAGCAGUCAAACUGUGGGACCAGGAGCUGAGGCGAUGCCGCGCCUUCCGGCUCGAGACAGGACAGGCCACGGACUGCGUCCGUUCCGUGUGCAGAGGCAAAGGCAAGAUACUCGUUGGGACAAGGAACGCUGAAAUAAUUGAAGUUGGAGAGAAAAGCGCAGCCUGUAACGUCUUAGUUAAUGGUCACGCAGAUGGGCCCAUAUGGGGACUAGCGACACAUCCUUCCAGGGACUUCUUCCUCUCUGCUGCCGAAGAUGGGACAGUGAGACUCUGGGAUAUUGCUGAUAAAAAGAUGUCAAACAAAGUGAAUCUGGGACAUGCCGCUCACACUGUGUGUUACAGCCCUGAAGGGGACAUGGUGGCUAUUGGAAUGACAAAUGGAGAAUUUAUUAUUUUACUGGUGAGCUCUCUAAAAAUAUGGGGGAAGAAGAGAGACCGACGAUGUGCGAUCCACGAUCUCAGAUUUAGUCCAGAUUCCCGGUUUCUGGCAGUGGGUUCUAGUGAGAACUCAGUGGAUUUUUAUGACCUAUCAUUGGGCCCUACCCUUAACAGAAUCAGCUACUGCAAAGACAUUCCCAGCUUCGUCAUUCAAAUGGACUUCUCUGCAGACAGCAGACACCUCCAGGUCUCCACUGGUUGCUAUAAACGGCAUGUCUACGAAGUGCCUUCAGGAAGACAUCUUACGGAUCAGGCUGCCAUUGACAGAAUUACUUGGGCUACGUGGACCAGCAUUCUAGGCAGUGAAGUUAUGGGAAUCUGGUCCAGACAUGCUGAGAGAGCUGACGUCACCUGUGCCUGCGUGUCUCACUCAGGAAUCAGCCUUGUGACUGGAGAUGACUUUGGCAUGGUUAAGUUAUUCGACUUCCCAUGUCCUGAAAAAUUUGCGAAGCACAAAAGGUUCUUGGGUCAUUCACCCCAUGUGACAAAUAUUCGAUUUACCAGUGGUGAUCGGCAUGUGAUUAGCGCUGGAGGCGAUGAUUGCAGUGUGUUUGUCUGGAAGUGUGUACACAUGCCUCACUGAAAGAUGGAUGCUGAGGAGACUGGAUUAACAGCCUUGAGAAACCAGAGCUACAGAGGAGGGAGAAGUCAAGUGGUGCUAAUUUCAGAUUGUAACGGGGACAUAUGCCCAGAGUCAUCAAAUAGAAGAUGGAUAAGCUCAAAGCAUGUAUUAUAUGCACCGGGUAACUGUCCAUAGUCCAUACACUGCCAGAUAAUUACUUCUCAAGGAGGGACUAGGUAAAUACUUCAUAGUGAGAGCCAACCCCUUUGGGGAGUGUGCAGAUUUGGCAGACCUGCUGGCGGGGCUUAGGGCACAGCGCGCCUCAGAAAACAAACCAAAAGUUUAAAAACCCAAGUUAGAUCAUUUUCAUCAUCUUUUUAGCAAAACUCCUUUUAGAAUUUUCACUUUAUUUUCAAGGUUCAUGGUUUAAUGAAGUAUGUCCAUGUUACCGCAAGGAAAGGAAGCACACCAUCACCCUAAAGGAUGUUUUUAAAAAGCAAACCUCAUUUUCCCCGAGUCACACACAAGCCUCACCCAAGGACAUGCUGCUUCUUCAGCACCAAUAAAAGCCCUUUUUAUAAAGGACCGUUUCCUGCUGGCAUUUAGUUCAGGGACAAAUCCAAAGUUAGCAUAAGACAGCU